CAAAGGUUGGGCGAGUUGCUGGCGUUUGUCUCUUUUCGUCCUUCGGUGUCAGAGCGGAGCGGCUGGUGUGUCUCGCCAUGGCAAUGAAUCUAGACUUGCGCAAGGAGCGGGAGACGGCCUCUUUCAACACGGAGUUUCUGACCAACAUCUUGGAUGGGGGCGCCGACCGGACCCGGCGCCGCAGGGAGCUCGAAGCCCUGGUUUUAAAUGACCCAGACUUCAAGCAUGAGGAUGUUAACUUCCUUUCCCGCAGUGAGCGCUAUGAACUAGCCAUCAAGAAGAGUGCGCUCAUGGUGAUGAAGCUCCGAGAAUUUGGGAUAGCAGAUCCAGAUGAGAUUUACUGGUUUAAAAGAAUGUGCAUGGGCACUUACAGUGCACCCAUUGAUCUGCACUACAGCAUGUUUACACCCACUUUACAGAACCAGUGCACUGUUGCCCAGCAAGAGAAAUGGCUGCCCCUGGCCCGUGGAUUCCAGAUAAUUGGCACCUACGCUCAGACAGAAAUGGGGCACGGAACUCACCUCCGAGGCUUGGAAACCACAGCCACCUAUGACCCUGCUACUCAGGAAUUCAUCCUAAACAGUCCCACUGUGACUUCUAUUAAGUGGUGGCCAGGUGGAUUGGGUAAAACAUCAAACCACGCCAUUGUUUUGGCACAGCUUCAUACACAAGGCCAGAACCAUGGUUUACAUGCAUUCAUUGUGCCCAUACGCCAGUUGGGAACUCAUGAACCGCUGCCAGGCAUUACUGUCGGUGACAUUGGACCAAAAUUUGGUUACGAUGAAAUGGAUAACGGCUACUUGAAAAUGGACAAUUUCCGCAUUCCCCGGGAGAACAUGCUAAUGAAGUUUGCCAAGGUUGAACCAGAUGGCACAUAUGUGAAACCUCUUAGUGACAAGUUGACCUAUGGCACCAUGGUAUUUAUCCGCUCAAUCAUUGUAGGUGAUUCUGCGCGGUCUUUAGCCAGAGCAUGUACAAUUGCCAUCCGCUACAGUGCAGUGAGACACCAGUCUGAAUUGAAACCAGGGGAGCCAGAGCCCCAGAUCUUGGAUUAUCAGACUCAGCAGUACAAACUCUUUCCUCUUCUGGCAGCAGCAUAUGCCUUCCACUUUGUGGGAGCCUACAUGAAAGAUACCUAUCGUCGCAUCACUGCAGACAUCAAUGAUGGAGACCUGAGAGAAAUGCCAGAGCUUCAUGCGCUGUCUGCAGGACUAAAGGCUUUCAGUUCCUGGAUUGCCAAUGCUGGCAUUGAGGAAUGUCGGAUGGCAUGUGGUGGGCAUGGCUAUUCCCGGUGUAGUGGCCUACCUGACAUUUAUGUGAAUUUUACACCCUCUUGCACCUACGAAGGAGAAAACACAGUCAUGAUGUUGCAGACGGCACGGUUUCUGAUCAAAAGUUAUACACAAGUUAGUUCUGGACAAUUAGUUAGUGGUAUGAUGUCCUAUCUGAAUGACCUACCAGGGCAACGCAUUCAGCCACAGCAGGUGGCUGCUAGGCCUGCAACCCUCCAUAUCAAUAACCCAGCCAGUUUGGUGGAAACCUAUAAACUCAGAGCUUCUAGGCUGGUUGAAUUUGCAGCAAAGAAUCUGCAAGCUGAGCUAAACCGUAGGAGGAGCAAGGAGGAUGCUUGGAACCGGACUUCUGUUGAUCUAGUACGAGCAUCUGAGGCACAUUGCCACUAUGUGGUAGUCAAGCUGUUUACUGCAAAGAUUUCAGAAAUCGGUGAUCCAGCCACUCGUGCCGUUGUUAACAACCUGUGUCUUCUCUUUGCACUUCAUGGAAUCAGUAAGCACAGUGGAGACUUCCUGCAGGGAGGCAUUUUGACAGAUGCACAGAUAACUCAGGUGAACCAGCGGGUGAAGGAGCUCUUGGCAUUAAUCCGUCCUAAUGCAGUAGCUCUUGUGGAUUCCUUUGACUUCAGUGAUUUGUUUCUUGGAUCUGUUCUUGGUCGAUACGAUGGUAACAUCUAUGAAAACAUGUUUGAAUGGUCAAAGAAAUCACCAUUAAAUAAAACACAGGUCCACAAAUCUUUCCACAAACACCUGAAGCCAAUGCAAGCCAAACUGUGAAGUUUACAGCUGCUGCUUGUACAAACCUCAAGUUCCCCAGAAUUGAUGUCAUCUGCCCUAUGUGCACUUGAAUCACUUUGCAAAAUCUAAAUUUCCAUAGGGCAGCCAAUAAUUGUUAAUCUUUCAUCCUGAUUUUUUAAAAGUAUGGAGGGGAUUAGAGCAGGGGAACACAAGAUUAUAUGAAGUGAGAUUUCAAUUAUGUUCAGAAAUCAACCUUUUUAAUCAUUCAGAAAAGCUUUACAGGUUGGUGUAAAGCAUCGAUUUUGUGAAGCACUUAACUGCUGAGGAACCCUGUGUCAUCUAGCAGGAUUUUUACUACUAAGUAGUUGUAUUCAGGAAAUAGUUGCUGGGGAGCAGCAGCUUGUCAUCUGAAACUCCUUUUAAGACUAACGUGUACCAUGUUGUUACUGUGGUACCUAACCUAGGCAAGAGUUGUCAGAAUCCUCCAGCCAUCUUGUUCUGCUUAGUGAGAUUUGCACAGUCUUUACAGGAGUUAAAAAGGCAUUCUCAUAGUUUGGUUCACUGUCCAAGGAAUGGACUCCUAACAUCAUGGGUACAGGAAAAUAAAUUCCAUCUUCUUGUGUAGCACUACUAUAUUGGAUGGCCUCCAGGAGUUCAUAUCCCUCUUUAUCUAAAGAUCUAACUCUGUUUAUAUCACACAGCUGUGGUAGAAAAGCAUACCCUAUCUGCAGCAGCAGCUGCUGCUUCUCUAGAAUGGCUCCUCCCUUUCUCUGGGUGGCUUCCAGUAACAGGGAAGGGGGAAAUGGUAAAGGAUCCCUGCUUUUAAAUCUAGAGAAUAAGGGGAGUGCAUUCACCUUAGUAAUUCUUUUGAUUUACAUUAUUUCAGAUCUGUAAAGUUUUCAUCAUGGGGUGAAGAAAACCUUACUAGUUCCAUUUUGGCCUGGAAGGCAGCCAAGAAAUCUUUCUAAAGUACUUACACUAUUUUAGAAAUGAAUUUAUUUAUACUACUGUGCCCUAGAAUUAUAUAGCAAGACUAGAUGUGAAGAGGGACUGUUGUCUAUUCCAACUGUAAAGCCAAAGUGUGUAUGUAGACUGGCAUAGAAGGAGGUUGGUGCUUCAGUAUGCCACAAACACAGCAGGUAUACCACAGUAAGGUUCUUGUAGAGAUUAAUCUUUUGCUAGGUUCAAGUUCUGGCACUGUCCAGAACUUCAUUCUCUGAAAUCCAUUACACUAAAAAUUGCUGCUAAAUGGAUAGAUUCACAUAACAAUCAAGUUUGAAAGAUAACCAGCUGAAGAACUUGGAGCUCCCUUCAGUUACAUGAAAUUGUUAUCAAUGAACCUGAACAAAGAUUCUGGAACUGGACUCUUGGACCUGUUUUAUAUCCCUAUUAAAGAUAUAAACAUGCUGCUUGGGCUGUUUUAUUAUAACCUUCAAGCAGGAGAAGAAGCAUGUAUUUUAAAACUGGACUGAACUUUGAUUGUAAAGUCAUUUUUUAACUUCCUAGCUGCUGAAGCAUUCCAUUUAACAUACUUACUACUGUACUGUUAACAUGCUCUUCCUGGACUUCCGUAUACUUCAGUGGAAUGCUAAUAAACUGUACAUUUGAAGAUGGUUGAAGACCAUCAAGUGUAGAACAUACGUAGAUCUUAAUAAAGAAACUCAC